GUCGACACAACUCGUCCGAGCGGUCCGUCCGUCUCGAGCUCGUCACGUCAAGAUCACGCACACCACGCACAUACGUGUAAAAUAACACCGGCACCGCCGUGGGCCGCAGGUCGGAGAGAGGACGAAUUUUUUUAUUUAAACCUCCCUACCGCGACGAUCGACGAUUGACCGGCCGCCGAAGAUAUGCACUCCGAAAAACGUCCGCCCGGCGUGACCGUCGUGGUUUUCCACCGCACGUCCGCUGCACCGCCACGACUCGCGUCCGCCGGAAAACGUCGGACCAUGUAAUUAUCAUAUUGGCUGUGACUCGAAACCGACUUCCCUCCCCCACCCCCGGCACCGGCAGCGGUGGCACGCACAUCAAAGGUAGUGCACUGCACACAUAUACACACACACUCCUACGCUCAUACACACAUACACACACACAAAUACACACACAUAUACGAUAUAUUAUAUGCACAUUGUACACUGGUGCAGUGUAUAGAGUGGCCACCACUGCACCACCACUGCACCACUACUGCACCAUCACCGUAACGAUCGCACAACUCCAAUGAUGUGCCACCGGAGACGCGCGGGUGGGACGCCCUCGCCGCGCAAUAACUGCGCCGGCCCACCAUGACCCUCGCCAAACAUGGCCAAAGACAAGAAACCGGAGAAAAAUAACGGAUCGAAAAAAGGAUCGGUCACCUGUGAACGGACGUACGUUUUGGACAGGUGUUCGCGAAUUGCCAACCAGGAAACCCGACGGUCACCACCAAGCAGUCCGUCCACGAUACGAGUAAUUGACCUUCCAAGCAGACAUCAACGAAGAGGUGCGGUUCGUGACAAGCGGACCGUAUCGCUUGACCAACCUCGUCCGGCGCACCAGCGCGCCGAUAACGCAUACGUGGAGACGCCGUUUGUAGACAGCGUUGUCCCGUUACAGCUGCAGGGUGCUCCCACCGCGUCCUGCUCAUCCGCACCUUACAGUGUGUCAUAUUCCUGCGCAGGCUGCACUGCCGCCGAAGGCAACGGAACAGGCCUGCCGGUCAUAACGUUUCAAGGCAUGAGAUCGUCGGCCGAACCGCCGCCGAGGCCCGGCGAAGGCAUCAUCGACGAGUUUCCGGCAUACGUGCCGUGGAAGGCCGAACAAACCGUGCAAGAAGACUUGUUGAUGUGCAACGUGUGCCACAAGUGCCGGUGCACCACUUGCCAGAAGCUGUGCAAAUAUCCCGGCAUGCGCGUGUGCGGCGUGCUAGACAUGCAAUCACGGUGCGACGAAGCUUGCGUUGAGACAACAACGGUGUGCGUGCCGUGCGUCCAGAAGACGGCCAGGUGUCCGGCCUCCAACGCAGCCAGGGCUGAGGCCAAUGCCGCCAGGGCCCAGGCCACCGCAGCCGCAGCCGCAGCCGCAGCCGCUGCCGCUGCCGCUGCCGCUGCCGCUGCCGCCGCCAACGACAACGCCGACGCUAACGACAUAGCCGACGCUAACGUCAUCGCCGACGCUAACGACAUAGCCGACGCUAACGUCAUCGCCGACGCUAACGACAUCGCCGACGCCCAACCAGAAGACGGUGAUGGUGAGCCACAGACGGCGAGCACCGCGUCAGGCAAGUGCCGGUUGCGCUGGCUGAUGUGUUGGUUGUGCUGCCCGUGCCCGUACUGUACGGUGGACGGCGUGGCCGAGUGUUCGACCGGGUGUCGCGGCAACGUAAACGUGUCCGGUUGCGAGUGCGUGGACUGGGAGGCGCUGAGGCAGAACAACCGCCGCCGGGUGAACGCCGCCGCCGCAGCCGUGGCCGCGUCAAGAGACCGCCGCCGGUGCCGUGACUAUCACUAUUACAUCACGGCGAUGCCGCAAACGGCCAACGACACCACCGAAGCCAACAAGUCUGGCAUCGCAAAUGCCGCCGCCAAUGGGGAAAACGUCGGCUCCCGGAUAAGCAGAUUGCGCAAAUUCCUACGUUUUUAGACUAAAUAUAUAAUAUAAUAUACACGUAAUGCGAUGUAUAUUAUAUCAGUGUCUCCGACGAUUACACCGGCAACUACAACGGGAGUAUUCGUUUAUAUUAUUCCAUGUGCAUUGUAUACAUAUAAUUAUGUUAUGUUAUUAUAUAGUACGAUAAGUUAAUCCUACAUUAUUAUUAUUAUUAUAAGUACUAGACUCGGGGCUUGAAAUCGAUUUUAAAUAUCGACAAAAAGCGUCGGAUAAUAUUAUAAUAAUAUUCUUUAUAAUCAAAAUCGAUAAUUCAUAUUAAAUCAUUUUACAAUAACGAAUUUGCAUAAAAAUCAAUUUUAAAUUCAGCAAUAGCCAAUAGGAGGGCUAUGAUAGUGUUUAUCGGUAGGCAAUAAACUAAUAACUAAUAUUUAGCUUUAUUUUAGGUAGAAAUCAAAAUUAAAAUCGUAAAAAUGUAUGUGUUUAUUUAAAUUAAAAAAAAAAGCUAUUUAUAAAAUAAAUGAAAUCAAUAUUUAUUAUUUUUAAGUUGAAAUCAGAAAAAAAAAUAAUAUCAUUGAGCAAAAGUAAAAUUGAAAUCGAUAAAUUUAAUUUCGAUUUCAAACCCUCAUAGUAUAGUGAUAGGUAUAGUGGUAGGUAUAUAGUGGUAGUAAUAGGGUUGUAAAUAUUUAUAAACAUCGUAAAUCACUUUAAAAUCUUAUAUUGUUAUUAUGGCGCUGUUAUUAUUAUUAGUCUGUUUUUCAAUCCUGCAGAUAAUGGUUUACAGUUGCAAUUGCAUCCGCUCUUCUCUGUUGCCUACUAUACUUUUUUUCCUGUUGAUUUGUUCGUGCGAAUUGCUUCCUUGAUCUCAUUUUCGAAUUUUUAUUUUGUAUAAUCCAAUAUAUACGUUAUGAUUUUACCUUUAAAAAACACCAAUCCAUUACUGAUCCAAGCAAUCCAUCAUCGUUGUCUCAAUACAUAAUUUAUACGGCCAAUCCUUUAAUUUAUCAUGUUUUUCAUAGAGUUCUUUCAUCUGAUAUUUUCUCCACUACUUCUUAAUGAGGUUGCCAUAUAUCUAUCUGACUUAUCAUGGACACUCUUCUGUAGUACCACCAGGCCCGGAUAAGGAGGCCGGAUGAUGGGGUCCAUUUUUAUCUCAGAAAUAUUUUUUUUAAUGCGUUCAAAACAGUUUUCUAGAAAAAUUUAAUUAUUUUAGUAGCACAGAUACUAUAAUACAUCAUAUAUAAUUAUAUAAUAGUAUAUAGUAUGAUAAAGUUUAUGUUUACAAUUCUUUUGAAGUUAUAGUUGAAAUGGGGCCCUCUAAGUGUAUGGUGUCCCGGGGCCCAAUUGAUCCUUAAUCCGGGCUUGAGCAGCCCAUCACAAAACCUUCCGUUCUAUACUUUCUUCCUUCUACGAAAGGUACUUCUUUACCACAAUCUUCCACGUUUUCCAGCCAUUGAUAUGAACUAUAUAAUAUAUUAUAAUAACGGUAACCUGCCUCACUAACUAUAUUAUCACGAGACGUAUCAUCCUCGAAAAACCCAAAACGCAUCUAAGAGAAAGUUCAUCCCGCGUUUUUCUCGAGCUAUUUCCGAGUACUUGGCGUGCGUUUAAAUAAUAUGAUUAUAUUAUGAUAUACGAGCAGGUAACAUAUUAUUAUAUUUGAUUUUGAAUUUCGUAAAAAUAAUAUUAUGACGUGUAAAUAUUAUAUUAGUUGAUAACAUAUUAAGUCGCUUAUCCAGCUUUAUAUAAAUUAAUAAUAAUAUAUGGUGUGUUCUGUUUUAAUAAUAAUAUCCUAACAAUUAAUUAUUCGUGUACGUUUGAGUACCUACCUAAAUUCAAUUGUUAUUCGUAAAUUACCUAUAAAUCUAGAUUUACUCCUUGUAUUAUAUUAUACAAAAUUCUGAUAUCGUGUCACUUCGCAUAUUAUAAUGCAGACACAAAAAUAUGUAUUAUAAUUUAUAAAUAUACCUAUCUAUUGAAUAUUUUGAAAUGCGCAACAUACUAUUAUGAAAAUAUCAUAAAAUUUUUUUAGUAUAGAGGCUGUGGCCGCGAACAUCGACGAAAGCGUCUGCUAAACUAUUGUUUUCAGUUAAAUUUAAUUAUUAAUUUCGGAGUGAUAUAAUUCGUGUUUGACUAUGUAGGUAUUAUAGGCAUUUAUCUCAUGUAUAUAAAUGUUAUAAUACAAAUAAUAUCUUAAUAUUAUAAUCUAAUACUAUAAAUGUACCUUUAUCAUAAUUAUUAACUUUUUAUUCCUUACAUGUCACGAUGGACCGUUGAGAUCUAUCGAAAAAAAAAAACCGAAACCUAUAUUUGUAUAUAAUAUUAUAAUAAAAAAAAAAACAUUUGAAUUAAUAAUAAUAAAUAUAAAAUUUACCUCCCCAAAUACCAUUAAGUACAAACACAUUAAUAAUAAUAAUAUUACACCAUGUUAAUGCAAAUAGUUGUGUGUGAUUCUAUCCAAUUGCAUGAUAAUAUCAAUAUAAUAAAAUUAUCGUUUUCAAGCCAAUUAUUGUAGUAUGCCUAAAACAAAAAAAAAUUAUCCGUACCUACGCCUAUAUGUGUGAUAUUUGUUUUCCGAUUAUAUCAAAUUUCGAAUUAUGUGUAUAAUCGUAUUAUUAUUAUUAAUUAUUAUUACUACACUAUUGUUAUUAUAAGAAUCGUUGUUAUUGAUGUCUGCGGUCGGGUUUACGUGUUAGAAUAUCACGGUGAUAUUAUUAUGGACAAGCCAAACAUUAGUUAUUUUCCGCAUUUGCGUGAUUUGUCGAAAUUCGCUCAUAAGAUCGUAUAGUUUCCCUCGGUGGCAGAAGCCUCGGCGACAUAUUUUUAUACCGUGUUUACAAGCAUAUAUAUUGGCACCGGUGUCGUCGCUUCGGAAAACGGGUUGUACGAAACACAGUACAUUUACAUUAUAUUAUUAUAAUCUGACGUAAAAUGCGAACGUUCAAGUAAAUUUAAUUUGCACGGUUCGUGUACCUAUAUCGUUAAAAUACGAUUAUCGAACCGGCGGGGGUCGCGGGUGGUUCGAAAAAUGCGUGCCCCUUCCCUCAAAACGUCGCGCGGAAAGACUAUUCGGUCGUCCUUCGUUUAUGAUAAUAUUUUUGCAAUUAUAAUCAUUACCCGCCACCGACAAAACAGGUACCUUCCUACUGUCAUAUUAAGCCGCGAUCCGUUAGACUUGGAUUUAUCCGUUUCGCCUACACUUAUAAGCAUUAUAAACAUUAUUAUGAUUUCGGUCGCAUUAUAAUGUAGAACGGUUAUGCUGAUACGACGGCCGCGUCGUGUUCCCGGUGCCGAUAAUAUUAUAUUAUUAUUAUAAAUUAUCGUUCGCGUUUCCGCGAUGGCACACACGACAGACGGUCUCGGGAACUAUAUCAUUAUUACUAUUGUUACGAUAUAGCAAGGAAUAUCGAACGAAUUUAAAGGAGACAAGAUUAUAUAAGCACCUAUACUUAUCGAACAAGACAUCGCGGAUCGGCCAACAUUCCUGAAUAUUACUAUACGUAUAAUUAAUAAUAAUAUUAUUAUUAUUAUUAUUGUUAUGAUUGAUAUUUAAACCGAUCGGAAUGGUACUAUUUUCCUUCUCUGAGCGAUGUCUUCCCACUCUCCCUCAGCUCGACAAAUAUCGAUAGCGUGUGUCUUUUUACGGAUUAAUUAUAAAUAUUAUAAUAUAUGUUAUUACAUAUUGAAUGCUUUUAAAUGUAAUAUUCCCAUAUUAUAUAGAUACCUAAUAUGCUCCUAUAUGGCUAUAUUAUAUGUUACAUAUAUAUAUAUUAUUAUUAAUUAUUUUGGACGUGUUAUUCCAUUUGAGGAAAAUGUUUUAUAGACAAUUAAUAUUUUAAACACAAAUAAUAAUGUCUUAAAAUUAUAUUUAUUAUUUAUUGUGUGCAUUUUUACACCACGGGCAUGCGCAGAUACAGCGAUAAAUCAUUAACGUCAUUAUUAUACUUACUUACAUUUUCUACAGUCAUUGAUCCAAAGAUCAGUGGAAAUGUAAUAAACAAAGUAUAUUAUUAUUUUACAGCUCCGUCCUGCAUUAAUAAUACACUAGCUGCUGGUGUAUCGUUAGAUUACAAGUAUUUAUUUCCACAUAAUAUAGAUUAAUCCCAAUUGCGAUAGAUUUUUAUUCAAAAAUAAUUUUAAAAAUAAAUUUCAUUGAUAGUGAAGUGCUUGGUCUCAAAUUCGCAUUACAGUGAUGCGCAUGCCUAUGGUAUUGGUUCGUGUUAUUUAUGGUGAUAAUAUGAUAAAAUAUUGUUAUAAAAUAUAGAUGUGUUGAUGUGUUUAUUAUAUAAUAUUUAUUAUAAGUGUAUGAAUUUACCGUAAUGAUUUCUCAAAAAUCUAACUAUAAGUAACUAUUACUAUAUGUUAACGAUUAAUGGAUUUUUUUUUUCAAUUUCACUAUUAAUUAUUAUAAUUUUUUUAAGUCUCUCAAAUAUAAAAAUAUACUCAUAUGUUUCUAAGACUAAGAAUCGGCAUUAGUUAGCACCGGGUUGUAAGUCCCGGUUCAUAUUAUUAUUACUGGCUACUGCUGAUCCAUCUCUAGUCAUAAAUAUUAUUCAAAAUAUCGAUACAAAUAUAAUUCUUAUUACUUGGAAUGUUUUUAUUUAAUAUGAAAUAUUUUUUUGUAUAAUUUAAGUUUUUUUAAUUUUUGAAGUGUUAUAAACCUAUUAUACACGUUUUUUUUUUUUUAUUAAUUUAUAUAUAAAAUAUAAAGUUUACUCAUUCUCACUCACUUUCUCUCUCUAAUUUUCUCUCUGGUCGAUAUAUAAGUAUACUUAUGUUCAAUUCAUCUUAAACUAUAAUCAAUUAUUGCGAGAAAAAAUAUUAUGUAAUUAUAUUCUUAAUGUUAUCGAAUCUAAAUAAUGUGUUGAUGUUUUUGUACUUGAAUCUCUCCCUAAAAUUCAUUCAAACUAAAUUUUAGCAGCAGUAAAUCAUACGAUCGUACGAUAUCGUUGUGUACGUGCGCAAUCACAAUGUCAUACACGACGUGGUAUCGACAACCUGUGGACUGCUAAAACGUAGCACGACUACCCACAACUGUGUAGGUAUAUUAUAUUGUCAUCAUAUUAUUAUCAACUGUGAUGAUAAUAAUACAACAAUAUACGACGGCGCACACGACCCGACACGGAGCUCCGCACAUGAUAUAGGUACACAUUUUGUAUAUUAUAAUAUACCUUACCAGUAACCACGUCUUCGGUAGGUAUACAUACGACAACGGACAACUCGUGUCCUGCAUUACGAUACGGUAUAAUAAUAUGUUAUUAUAAUAAUAUACGCGUCGCAUACGACGGCCACCCGCCUUCGUUUUUAUCGCAUACAAAUAGGCACAGACGACCGCUACACGGCUGGCCAACUCGCGACAAGACGAAUGGUCACGACGAAUUGAUUAUCAUAAUACGCGAUUCCGUGUUUCGGACUUGGAUACCGCCUAUACCGGCUAUAUCUACCAGAUACCGCGUUCACGCAGCCACCGGUCGUGGUGCGUACCUAUAGAUACAUAAUAUAAUAUAUAAUAUACCUAAUAUUAUACCGUGUAUAACUGCAGUGUACCCUGCCAAGGGCGGAGGGUUGUGUGAUCUCUUCUUCAGGUAAAGGUAAAUAAAUAUGAUACACCUGAACAAAAUACGUUCCGAAACUAAGAAUGAUAAUAAAAAUAAUAAUAAAAAAGAAAACGAGCAUAUCAGGGGAAAUUAUAAAUUGAUAAUAAUAAUAUAAUGAACAUUAUUAUUGGAAGAGGUGUACCUAUUUAAAAAUCAUAUCUAAAAAGAAUUUGAAUUUUGCAGAAAAUAAUAUUUAUUAUUCCCAGUCCUAAUUUUUUUUUCCAUACAAUAUUAUUAAAAACUAUUUACGUAUACCGUCAUCAGGACUGAAAAAUCAUAAAUUAUAUACCUACUUUUCAUUAGUUAGGUAUAUUAUAAUAUUAUAAAAUACUUAAAGAGCUACCUAAUAUUAUAGAUGUGACACACACAAGACUUAGAAAUUAUCAUUGUGAAAAUGUGAAAUAAGAACCAACUCAUAUUUAUUUUUAUACAAUUUGUAGGAACUUUCAAAUGUGUGUGUGGUGUGUAGCUUACCAGCUAAAGUAGUGAAGGUACAUUACAUCGUGUAGGUAACCUGUACAUUUUACACUGUAACACCAAAAUCUCGCUCAUCACACUAUUUAUUUACCAACCAUAAUAAUCAUUAUAAAACCAGACAUAUUAAUUUUAAAAAAAUGGGUACCUUUCUUGGUUCUGGUAAGGUUCUGGUUUUCAAUAUUUUAAAGGUUUUACAAAAUCAAAUUAUUUCGGUUCGGUUUUAGUCACUGGUUACUGGUAAAUCUUGGUCAUUGGCGGACAUUACAGGUAAUGGGUUACCAAAACCCAUUUAAACAUCAGUGUAGCCACUUGCAACAAUAUAAUAUGAAAAUAACCAAUUUUCAGUUAUAUACAACU